AUGUCUGCCGAGGUCGAGCGAGAGCUGUUGAACCACUACAAGCUCGACUCGUUGUAUCCCUCGGAAUGGCCUGACCGCGACGACGACGACUACGACAGUGACGCCGACCAUGACGCGAUAAACACAACCCAUACCGAGUCCAAGUACGCUGCCCUGCAUCGCUCCCUCUCUGCUGCUGGAGGGAAGAGAUCCGACAACAGCGUCCAGAAAGAUGAACCGGACCCGCUAGGCAUUGUCCCGAGUGUCGUCCACGAACUGCGCCGUCGUGGCCUGCCUGUAGAGGAGAACCUACGUCUACGCAAUCGCUUCAUGCUGUCCUCGACCACCUUCUCGCCCAAUCUGUUCCUGUCGCAAGUCCACCACGAUGCUUCGACCGAUUCUCUCCUCAAAGGUCUCCACUUCUUGUCUGGUUCUAUCGAGCAAAAGUCUGCCUCACUCAAGUUGCUGGUCGAGUCCAACUUCGAACGCUUCGUCAAAGCUAAGGCUACUCUUGACAACGUAUACACCGAGAUGCGCACUCAAGGCCAGCAAACUAUGCCAGUAUCGCCAGGCCACCAAAGAAGACAUUCAAGACACACCAGUCGAGGAGGCAUAUCACAUUUCCGCACACCUAGCGGAGCCCUGUCACCCCCUGCUGUGAACAAAUUGCCAGACAAGAGAAAGAAUGCCUUGACAAAAGAGAGCGAAUAUGGUGUCCUUGGUAUCAAGGCUCCUCUUAUCGAGCUUGGUGCUAAAGCUGAGGAAGUCUGGGGUCCUGCACUGGGCGGUCGUGAAAAAGAAGAAGAUCUCAAAGCUGUCCUGACCUAUCUUGAAAAACAUCGUGACGUGUUUGGAAUCGGCCAGGCCCUACAAGAUGCCAUUCGCAAAAAGGACUAUGACUCUCUCGUAUCCGAAUACAACCGUGCUAAGAAGCUUGCCAACGAUGCCACUAGAAAAGCCGAUUCAGGUCAAGAAUUAUCAGAUGCAGACGUCCAUCAAAUCUUGAUCGCUGCAAAAGUUUGGUCAGAUGCUCAAUCACAGAUUGGCGCUUUCAAACGCGAAUCUCGUAAACACCUUGCUGCUGCUAGGACUCGCCGCUCCACGCCAUCUGCUGCUGCGCAACCUGAUACGACCAUGCCUCUGAUUGCUACCCUUCUACAGAUUGACAUGGACGACAACCCCAUCACGUUUUGGCUUUUUAGCCGGUACAACAACCUCAAAGAGAAGCUCACUCGUUCUUUUGAUCGUAUGCGCGUAGAGAUUGAAGUUUCAAGACGGCGUUUGGCAUCAGCAGAACCACCUAGCCUCCAAACAUCGAAACUUCACCUUCAAUCUGCUGUGGCCAACCUUGUACAAGAUCGGAACAUGACUAACACUUCCAAUGCUAUGGAUGCUUCCAAGAUAAUCGAUUUCUGGGAGAAGAUUCAAAGCGCGCUCAAUAGCUUGCUGUCCGCACAAGGAGGUCUUCUAGGAGAAAUUAUAGAAUUUUGGGAGACUGCAGAAUCGUUCAUUUCUCACAAAGCUCAGAGAAAUCUACCCACUGGAGUCUUUGCUUCUGAGGGCCGACAACAUCUUGAUCUCAGGGAGGAUGAGAUAGCCCGCCUUCGGCAAUCCGCUACCGACCUACUCAACAGCUUGCGCGAAAGCAUCUUUUCGUUCUUCGUCGACUCACCAGUCGAAGACAUAUCAUCCUUGUUCUCGCCAAUUCCCGCAACACCUGAUACUCCUUCAUCUAGUCUGGCCAGCGACCAGCGGAUGUUCUCGUUCGAUGUGAACAACAUCCCUGAACCCUCGCCAAAACGAGGGGAAUCUUGGGAGAAAUACGCUUUUUGGGCCCCCUACGCAAAUUCAUUGAGUGGUGUUCAUUAUCUCAGCAAUAUCCUACUUCUCGUUGGGACAUCAGCGGGCGAGGUCGCUGGUCUUUCCAUCGUCAGAGACAACUACCGCAUGGCAGAACAGCUCAAGACCAUGGUCAGUGGAGUGCGCGAACGCUGCAUUCAGGCUGUUUGCGCCGCUUGGAACGUCGACUCUGAUAAAACCAGAUAUCUUGAGGAUUGGACCAGGCAUGCGGAUCGCCGCGACCUCACCAACAUGCCUUUCCGCUUCAAUGCCUUCGAGGAAACCAUUCUUGGUGAUAUGCAGAAGAUCUUGUAUAUUUCCGGUGCAAUGUCUCGUCCUGGUUAUGAGGAUGUUGUUGGGCCUCCACCAACCAAGCUUCUGCAAAUGGUCAGACAUCAGUUCAUCACCAGCAUAUAUAAAACGCUUAGUGGUGCUGUGGAGAACGCAGAGAAGAACAAGAAGAUUGGAGAAUCAGGUAUUGACGACCCAGAUGGUCUCACAGUACCGGCAAUGCAAGGAGGCUCCACUACAGAUACGAACAUUGCGACUACACGAGCGACGGACAAGAAUGUCCGUCUGUUACUCACACUUAGCAACCUGAAUCAUCUGCGUCGCGAAGUAGUGCCUCAACUGAUAUCACAAUUCGAAUCUUCCUUCUCGAUCAAGUUCACCGACGAAUCCAAGCAGAUCCGCGAUGUGCUCAAGCAGAUCGAUGAUCGCUUGUUCCUAGGCUACGUCAAGCCUACGACCACACAACUCCGCGAUAUCAUCACAGCUGGUAUCUCCUCUCCAAACUGGCUACCUAAAACCUCUUCACGACCCACAAAUGCUCGUCCCUACAUCUACGAUGUAUUGCUUGCCUUGGUAUUAGUACACACCGAGGUUUCCACAACAGCAAGCACAUUGACCUCUCCUCUCCUGUCCCACUUCCUCGAAUCCGCGAGUGAAUCUCUUCUUGCAGCUUUCUCUGAGCGGCGGACAUAUUCCCUCACGGCUCUGAUGCAAGCAACUCUUGACGUCGAGCUGCUCGCCCAAACCCUUUCUAACUUUACCACCGAAAAGGCUUCAGAGAUUCAGUCGAAGAUAUACUUGGUGCUUGAUGAGAGGACGGAUGCGGAUGCAAGGACUAGGCUUCAAGCCGAGUUGCCAGAAAUGAGGGCGAUUCUAAAGAAAUUGAGGGAGGGUACCAAGGGCCAAUUUGGAUGCUUCAGGAGGGAGAGGAGAGCUAGAAGCGAGAGGCCUGGUAGUUCGAGAAGUGGUGGGACUGCAGGCACCGGGUCGGUGGUUGGAUAG